AAAUUAUCGUCAAUUUAAAGAAAACAGGGGCGCCCUUCUCAACAAUUUCUUGGCAGAAACUCGAAACAGCCAAGCCAAAGUGCUUCAAGAAACCACAGAAGAGCGGGCAGUUGUCAGGUGCCAGCUUCAAGAACGAGAAAGAACUCAAUUGUAAAGGCUCUAGAUUGGUUCAGGAAUUGCUACAAGCAUGUCACCCAAGCAGCUGGUCGUUGCCGUUGAAGGCACGGCCGCCAUUGGGCCCUUCUGGCAAACCAUCGUCUCCGAUUACCUCGACAAGAUCAUCCGAUGUUUUUUCGGAAAUGAGCCAACGGGUCAGAAGUCCUCUAUGACACCUGUUGAGCUCUCACUAGUAAUGUUCAAUGCUCAUGGUUCUUACAGUGCUUGCCUGGUGCAACGAAGUGGUUGGACUAGAGACAUGGACAUAUUCUUUCAGUGGCUUCAAGCUAUACCCUUUGCAGGUGGUGGUUUCAAUGAUGCUGCAAUUGCUGAGGGGCUAGCAGAAGCUUUGAUGAUGUUCUCCUCCACAAGUGGAAACCAAAAUCAAAUUGUGGAAGGACAGAGACAUUGCAUUCUUGUUGCUGCAAGCAACCCUUACCCGUUACCCACACCAGUAUAUCGACCACAACCUCAGAAUCCUGAAAAGAGUGACAGCAUGGAAACACAACCUGAUAAUUGUCUAUCUGAUGCAGAGACAUUAGCAAAAUCUUUUGCUCAGUUUGCAAUAUCUCUCUCUGUUAUUUGCCCAAAGCAGCUUCCAAAACUUAGAGGAAUCUAUAAUGCGGGAAAACGGAAUCCACGAGCUGCAGAGCCGCCUGUAGACAAUGUUAAGAACCCUCAUUUCCUCGUUCUUAUUUCAGAGAAUUUUGUAGAGGCCCGUUCUUCUUUAAGUCGGUCUGGAAUGACAAGUUUGCCAUCAAAUCAAAAUCCUGUCAAGACAGAUGUGGCACCUGUUCUUCCCAUUUCUGGGCUACCCUCAGCUUCUGCCCCAUCAGCGAAUGCAUCUGUGCUGGUCCGGCAACAAAUAUCUGUUGGAAAUAUUGCUCCUGCAACUGUAAAAGUGGAGCCCAUCACACUGACCUCUAUGACAGCUCCUGCAUUUCCACAAAUUGCUUCUGUUCCUCGAGCUGCUUCGCAAGCGGUUCCAAGCUUGCAAACUUCUUCACCUAUAUCAACGUCACAGGACAUGAUCCCAAAUAAUGCGAAUGUGCCAGAUGUGAAGCCUUCAGUAACUAAUAUGGCACCCUCCUUGCGACCAGUUGGUGCACCGGCAAAUGUGAGAAUUUUGAAUGAUGUGGCUCAAGCACGUCAAGCCCUAGCUGGAGGGACUUCAACUAUUGGACUUCCUUCAAUUGGUGGAACACCUAUGCUCUCAAAUAUGAUAUCCAGUGGAAUAACAACUUCAAUCCCUCCUGCUCAAACUGUAAUAUCAUCAGGCCCAUCUGGUGUCACAUCAAUUGCUGGGUCAUUGCCAGUGUCAGCAACUGGACAGGUGGUGCAUAACUCAACUCCUGCAUCACUUAUUUCGACCGCUUCUAAUGUUUCUGGAAAUGCUAGCCUUACCAUGUCACAACCUUCAAGUACCCUCCAAGGAAGUGUUAGUUUGAGUCAAACACUACCAGGCAUGAGUCAAGGAAAUCAUCCCGUGACACAAAUUGUACAGACAGGAAUGAAUAUGAAUCAGAACAUGAUGAGUGGCAGUGGUGCUUCCGGUAUGCCUUCUGGAACUGGCACGAUGAUUCCUACUCUAGGAACGUCUCAGCAAGGACAACCAGGGAUGCAGCCUGUUGGUCUGAAUAGCAACAACUCUGGGACAAAUAUGCCCUUGAAUCAGCAGACAUCAAGUACAGUACAGUCGGCACAAUCAAAGUAUAUUAAAGUCUGGGAGGGAAACUUAUCUGGACAGAGACAAGGCCAGCCUGUUUUCAUCACCAGACUUGAGGUAUGCUUCACCUGGAUAAGAAGGGGAUACAGGAGUGCAUCAGCUUCUGAGACACUUGCUGCAAAUUGGCCUCCCAUAAUGCAGAUAGUCCGCCUGAUAUCACAGGAUCACAUGAAUAACAAGCAUUAUGUUGGAAAGGCUGAUUUUCUAGUAUUUCGGGCAAUGAAUCAGCAUGGCUUUCUUGGGCAGCUGCAAGAAAAGAAGCUUUGUGCAGUGAUACAGUUACCGUCCCAGACAUUGCUGCUCUCAGUUUCAGACAAAGCCCAUCGGUUGAUUGGAAUGCUUUUCCCUGGGGAUAUGGUUGUUUUUAAGCCGCAAAUACCAAAUCAGCAGCAACUGCAAGCACAAAUACAGCAACAGCAACCGCAGCAGCAGCUUCCGCAAAUGCAACAGCAAACGCAGCAUCAGCAUCUGCAACUGCAACAGCAACCCCUUCCUGUUGGGCAGCCUCAGCCACCGCCGCCUAUGCAGAUUCAGCAACAACAGCAGCAGAUUCCGCAACAGCAGCAACAACAACAGAUGGUUGGAAUGAUGAAUCAAGCCUAUAUUCAAGGUGGUGGAAGGCCUCAGAUGUUGUCCCAAGGACAAGCUUCGUCACAAGGAUCAACGACCAUGCCUGGAGGAGCCUUAAUAAGCUAACAAGAAUUCGUUCAUUGAAUGAAUCGAAAUGGAAUAUUUUUGUAGAUCUAACUAGGAAAAACGUCUUAGAUACUCUCUGUUUAGAUUUAAUGACAAUUCAGUUAAUGUAGGCUAUGAGUAUUGUUUCCAUGAAUAUUAACUGUGCUAUAUUUGCUGAAACUGAGAUCAGCUUGAUCUCGCAGUAAUCAGAAACCAUAACUGUCUCACUGUAUCAAGGGAUUAUGCAAUGUCUAUGGGCUGACAAAAGAAAUAUAAAAUA